AAUGUCCUGGAAAUACUUGAGAGAUAUGCCAACCAUCCGGAAUACAUUCGGUGCUCUCUUUAUUGGCACUAUUAUUGCCUCUAUGUACGCUUCUUUACUCUGGGAAAUGCCAUCUCAUCCAUUUCAUAGGUUAUUCGGAAUAACGAAUCUACAAACACUCUGUUGGUCAUCAAUAUUCCACACACUCAUCUACUACAAGAGCUACCCUGAUGAUUGGUCACUCUACCGUUACUCUGUACAUGUGAUGGUGACUUAUUACUAUGUUCAUAGCACCUAUGCCCUGUAUUACUAUCUCAUCGAUAUGCAUGGCACCUUGCUUGGUGCCCUAGGGAAUAACACUUGCUUUCAUGUCCAGCUACAACUGGCCAUAAAUGUGGUGAUUGUCAUGUAUGUCCAAGGGCCUAACCUCUUCUUCUUAGUAGGAUGGCAUUUUAAUAAAAUACUCUCGUGGUUCAUGUUUCUCACAGUAGCAGCAUCACUUGGUAAAAGGGUCGCUCUUCUUGCUUCCACUCAUUUCCCUCAUUAUGCAUCUUCUGUUUCUUUCAGGCACAGGAAUAUAUAUAACCUAUGAUAUUUAUAUCACGCCGAACAUCAUGUCCAUCUCCAUCAUCAGAAAAUCGAUUUACACCUUCUUCUCUGUGA